CGCCAAUUUCAAGCCUCAACUGACGCCCUCAUUCGAUACACAACACACGCCAAAACAAAACACCGUACAUGCUUUUUUUCCAACGUUGUUUAGACAGAAUAUCGUCGAAAAUAAGUGCUGCAACAAAAUAUCGUCUUUCAGAACUAAGUCACCUGAGAUAUCAACAUGAGUGUUGUAUCAUAUCCGGGUCAAAUUCUAUAUGAAGUUGAUGGACAGGUGAAAUUCAGUAGCAUUUCUGGUGGCCAGCAACCUUGGAAGGAUGGCUCCCUAGAGAUUAUUGCGACUGCAGAGGGCGAGGUUCGCUGCACGGUCAAACCAAAACAUGGCUGGCAAAAAAAAUUCAAGUUGAGCAAGUUGACCAUAAGGAAUAUUACUUUGAAUUCAACCAACUUGUUAAUUCACUUGGUAGAAGGUGGCAAUAUCCGUAUACAAACUAAAGAUGAAUCAAACAAACGAAAGCUUCCAAAGUUGAAUAAUCUGCUUGAAAAUGUAAUGAAAGAUGGGCUGAAGUACAAUGAGAGACAGUUGAAUCAUUCAUUUAGUUUAUCACCAACAUCAGGCAACCUGGUACAUAGUCAUCAUAAUAAUGUCAAGACGCCUGUUAAGGAUCAACGCCUCAAUUCAAGCAACCCAAUGACCACGCCCACUAGCGUCUUAAAAUUAUUUGCAUAUGAUGGCCCAAAUAGUGCUGAUUCUGAUGUUGAUGGUGGUACCUUACCACUAUUUGAUGAUGUCAGAGAGUCAGAUGAUCUUGACAAAGAAAAUGUGGAUUCUAAACAAAGAUCACGUAAACCUGAAAGCAUAUAUCACAAGAGAAAAGAAUCAGGCGGAUCAUUAUUUAUGGAAUCAUUUGAAGAGAAUAAGAAAUUAAGAACUCCAGCAUCAUCGGUGAAGAAGCCUGCAUCGUCGUUUUACAGUCGAGGGAAACAGAUGCUACAUGCUGCCUCUCAGAAUUUUCUAGAGAAACCUUCUGCAGCAAGAAAGCCACAACUUCUACCAAGUCCCAAGAAAGCGCGUCUUGGAGACGGUAUUUUUAGGAGUUGGCAAGAAAAGCCAAAGUUAUUUACAUCCAACUUCAGUCAGCCAAAACUAAGAGGGAUGCCCAUGAAUUCUUAGGACAGUGUCUCGACCAACUCAAGGAAGAUGUCCUAAAACUGAACAAGAAUGCUACCUCCUUAAAAGAUGUAGAAAAUACCAAACGACUCGCUCUAGAUGCUGCCAAUGAUCAGAGUACGCCAGCCAAGUAUCCCUGUGCAAUAUCUCGCAAUUUUGAAUUCACCGUCCUUCACACGAUACGAUGUAACAAGUGCAAAGAAGUCGUUACUAAAUCGGAAAUCUGUCAUGAUCUGUCGUUGGACAUUCCAAAAAGAAGGAAUUCUGUUUCAAGAGCCUCCAUCCAGACAGCUUUAGACCAGUUUUUUCAGUUGGAGUCAUUAGAAUAUACAUGUGAAGAGUGUGGCUGCAAGGAGUCUACUGUCACACAUUCAUUCACCAAACUUCCAAGGGUAUUAAUUCUUCAACUGAAACGCUACAGUUUUGAUGUGAAUUCAGCUCACAAAGUUUGCCAAAGUAUCGUUAUUCCAAGUUACAUGACUCUAGCCAGGCACUGCACUGAACAUAGUGAACCAGCCAAGCCAUUCACCUGCCAGCGCAACAAAGUCUCCAUGAAGCCAGAAAUGAUGAGUCCUGGACCAGCAGAAGAAUCAGGACGACCAGCCCGGAAGAGGCUAAGUUAUGAAAGUAACAGCUCGGUGGACACUCCAAAUGGAUUUGCGUUCAAGCGCAAGAAAUUGAUUGAUACUGAUGCAGAUUUACCAGUGGUAGACCUAACGAUAGACAGCGAUAAAGAUGACAAGGGUAAAGAAAUUAGUGCUGAAACCAAGCCUCUUGAAGAGAUGAGUGAGGAGGAACAAUUGGCAUUUGCAAUUGAAAUGAGCCGACAGGAAAGUGCUCGUAAAAUGAUGCCCUCAAAAGGCGAGAUGACCGAAGAAGACCAGCUUGCCAUGGUGUUAGAGUUAAGCAAACAUGAAACGACAUUCACACCUCAGUUAACAACCCCAAAGUCUGCAUUUGACAAAUGCAAAGAAAGUAACCCAGUCGAAACGACUAGGAAGCAGUUGUACUUUGACGGUUCUAGUGAGCAAAGAAACAGGGAUAGUGGAAUAGGUCUGAAUUUGGACAAUAGCUUAGGGAGGAAAUCUAUACCAACCGGCACUGUUGCAAAUGACAGCGGAGUAUCAAUGGAAGGAGUUGAGCCUUUGUUACCGGAUGGAAAAGAUACCAGUCCAAAUGGAACUUGUACGGAUAAUGCUGAUGUCAGGACAGAGGAAAUGGAGCACCGACCUAGUCAAGAAAAAAGAACAACUUCACCCCACGGUCAGACACAGCAUAAUUACAAAAAUGAUACUCCUUUAAAUGAAGAAGAUGAAGCCUUGGCCAUAGAAAGAGCUUUGGAGCUGAGCCUGCAAGAAUUUGAAGAAAAAGCCAGUAAAAAUAAUAUGGUCAAGCAUCAUCAUCAUGUAGGUGCAGAGAAUACAAAAGAUGUGGAAUAUACAAAAGAAGAGGAAGAAGAACUAGAGAGAAAUUAUGAGGAUGGACAGAUGCCACACUCCUACAAGCUGCUAAGCAUUGUGAGUCAUAUAGGCAGUACCUCUGCCAUUGGACACUAUGUCAGUGAUGUAUGUGACCACAAGAAGGCUAGCUGGUAUAGCUACGAUGACUCAGAGGUCUUGCGCACCACUGCAAAAAAAGUGCAGGAGCUGAGGCAAAAGAAUGGCUAUAUAUUUUUCUAUAUGGACAAGAAUCUUUGUGAAUGAAAUCUUGGACUGUAUCCUCUACCUGUGUCUGGAAUUUCAUUGUGGAUAACCUUUAUUUGAGUAGCUGUUCAUUCUGUUUAUAUGAGUUUUACAAACAGCCUACAGACUAUUCUGUAUGCACAAUUGAUUAUUAUCUGUGGCUUUAUGUAGAUCUCAGUUAUAAAUAUCUCAUAUAUUUAUUUAAACUUAAGCUUGCUACCCAGCAUUUAUUCAAUUGAAAAAAAAAACACUGCCUAUAAAUCUAAUGAAUAUAGGCAUAAUAUAUAAACUCAUUAUGAAGCAAUUUUACAUCUCAUAAUUUCAGUUAUAUACAUUGAUAAUUUAUACAAUUAAAGAUAUAUGUCUGUGGUCAAAUAUAUUAAACUCAAAAUUUAAUUAAGACAAUAAGUUCCUCAUUUAAAGGAAUCUCAUUUAAAGGAAUUGAAUAAGGAUGAAUUUCAAUGCAAUUCAGAUCAAAACAAAUAAUUUUAUGUUGAUAUGCAUUAUGUUGAUAUGCAGACUGCAAUAAUCUUUAAAUUGAUUAGUAAAUAAUAUCCUUCGUUUUGACACCUUUCUGUUUGAGACCCAAAACUGGUGAACACGUGUCUCUUUUUCUCAGAAUAUUUGGAGUCACAACAUUACCUUUGGGACACUGUUCAUGUGGGGAAUUAAUUAUUUUGUGGUUAUGUUCAACAAUUGAACAAUUAGCUAAAUGCAUACAGUGUAAGGCAGUAUACCUCUGCACUGUGGGGCUUAUUCAAAAGUCAUGUUUAGGUGAGAAUUCAUGUUUGGUGCGGCACGUUUCAAAAGACCAGUUAUUAGAUCAUUACAGUAAGUUAAUUUGUUAUUGAUUACUUUAAAUGUUAUAAUUUAAUGUUUGAUUCAUUUUAAUUUAUGAAAUAUGAGUAGCAUACUUAUAAUAUAUUCUAAUUACGUGUUAUAGCAAUAAAGUUACUGCAUUGAUUCACAUUAUCAAAUUUCAAUUGAAGUAUGUAUUAACCAUACAGGUUUUUUUUUUUCCAAUUCUAGAAUUAAGGUCUUAAAAUACUGCACUGUUACUGUUAACAUGUUGAAUCAAUAACACCUUAUAUAUUAUUGUAAACAUGAUAUUUUAUAUAACACAAGCAAUUUUUGACAAUUCUUAUCAGGGGACAUAUAACAUUAAUAUUUUAUAUAUAGCAAGUGUGUACAGAUGAAGCAAUGAUAUGUAAUUGUACAUGUCACGUGAUGGCAUUUUAUUCAUAUCACGUCAAGUUUCAAUAAAAGUAAACGUUAACUGUA